AUGGAGUCUUGUUUACCUAAAAUAGUGGCAAAUGACCCUCUGCGGCUCGAUGAUUUCCUUACUGGUAUUUUCUAUGAGAAAGGCUAUAGCACCUGGUCAGCCUUAUUGAAGCAGGCAUCCGAAGAUCCUCAAAUUCCAUCAGCCAGCUUACAGGUCGAGCAUCUCUUCCCUCAACACCCUUAUUUUCCGAUCGGAGUUGAACUCGAUGAUACUGGGUUACUGGCAGCCACAUCAACGUGGGUUCCUGGGACAGGAUCUUGCGAUCUACCACCCUUCGAGCAGCCUAUUUCAAUGUUCCCGUAUGCUGGUACGCCAACCAAAUUGUUUACCUCAACCAAAUUGCCUCUCCCACCAUCUGUCGGGUUUCAGCAAAACGACAAUCAUCUCACAGUCCUUGUCCUCGCAUGGGCGUAUGUUUUAUCAGCGCGAUGGGUCGAGAUUUUCCCUCAAGCGUCGCCACUGGAGUACACUGACAGCCAAGCCGAGUGGUUAGCCACGCCUGCUUGCGACAACACAGAAGCAAUCGUACAUGUUGGGAACGUCAGUGACGAGGCUGCACGAUGGUGGGCAGCUAUAAUCUCGCCAGGCCAAGGUUGGAAGGCUUCCAUGUCGUGUGGCCACUAUAAAUUCAUGCCUCCUUGGUCCACAACAUUGGAAUCGCUUCCAGCUAUACGGUUAUUCAGCGCCUCGAGGAGCAACACGCCAAGUCAUCAGCGCUGCCCGGGUCUUGAGACGGUAGUUCAGUAUAUCUCAAACUAUUGUACACUCCAUUCCGCUCACGAUCAAAGCCGUGUUGCUUUUGCGACAGCCCUCAUGCUCCCGUUGGCCAAGUAUGACAGGACAAGCGUCCUACUUCCGGUGCCACGAAUGUGCACUGCACCUCCAAGAACCAGAUCAAGCGCAGAAUCGACAGAGGAACCAAUCUAUGGACGAGACAUCCGGCAGUUCGAUAGACUUCUCACCUUAUCCUGCAACCCUCACAGAGUGAAGUCCAUUCUUGGCAGUAUUUUCUACGAGCCUGGCAGCAUGAAUAUUAGUUAG